GCGAAGGGAAGGAAUCCCUUCGCUCAUCCCGUGCCGCGGUUUCCAACUCCCUCGCCUCUGCGACCCACAGCUCAGCUCAGGGCGUUUGCGCUAGUCUCUGCUCUUUAUCAAUUACUGCGGUCCAUCGGCGAACGUAUGAACGAAGUGGACUGCCUGCCCCCCACCAUCGCUGUCUGAUUGAGGCUAAUGUCUUGUCGUUUUCUGUCCCCUUACGGGUCGUCUUCUUGGCAGUGAAGUUGCCCUGGCAUUGGCGAUGGUCUUUUUCGUACAAGGCCUUACAUCCAUAGUAACAGCAAGAGGAGGAGGAGGAGGAGGAGGAGGAGGAGGAGGAGGAGUAGGAGGAGGAAGAGGAGGAAAGGAGAAGAGGUGGUUUCGCUCUUCGUCAGUCUCUGCUGCGUCCAUUGUAAGAGAUUGGUCGUCUUCGGAUCGGUCAGUGAUGUUUCCUGACUCCGUCGCACUUGCGUCGUCAUCGGAGGUCGGCUCUGCUUGCCUGAGGCUAGCAAAAGCCGGAGGGGAACGAGGAGGAGGAGGAGGAGGAGGAGGAGGAGGAGGAGGAGGGGAGGAGUUGCUCUGCCGGCGAUCUUCUGUUCAUAAUCAUCGUGGAUAUAGAGUUAUCUUGGUGCGGAAAGGGAGGACCUACAGAGGUCAGCGUCGAGGAUGGAUUAACGGCGAGGAGACGACGUUAGAACGUGGGCUCCUCGCGGGACACGUGUCACGAUCUCAGGGACUCCAGCUCCAGACUGUAAGCUCCACCGGUCACUGCAGUCGGCGGAAAAGACUUGGCGCGUUUUCGUCGCCGUCGUCGGGCCCGAGAGCAGAGAUGGAUGCCGACACGCAUGUGAACGAGUCCGCUCCUGCAACAGGUGCACCGAUCCUGGACGACGUGCCUCAUCUAUCCAAUUGGUUGCCAAAUCUGCCGACAUACCCGAACCCACUUGUUGCAGAUCCAGCAUAUCGAGCUGCCAGUGGGUGCUAUGUGGUGGCUAUUCUUGGGUUUGCAUGGUUUAUGUGGUACGAGGCCCCUGAGCGCGGCCGGCGGUAUUGCCGUUGCAUUUUGUGCCAUGACUCUGGCAUUGCCGUGGUGGUGCGAAUCUCACGUCAACAUCAGGCCACGUAUUUCAGGAGGGCCGGUCCUAGAGAGAGGAUUGCUUUCAAGCCAGAAGAAGUGGUGGCAGGGAUUGUGACCUGUGGUGGACUUUGCCCUGGCCUGAAUACGGUCAUUCGCGAGCUUGUAUGUGUUCUCUGGACACAGUACUGUGUUCGAAACAUCCUAGGUAUCGAGGGCGGAUAUCGCGGCUUUUAUGCAAGAAAUACUAUUCCACUGAAUCCGAAGAGUGUGAAUGACAUUCACAAGCGAGGCGGGACAAUCUUGGGUACGUCGCGCGGCGGACACGAGGUCACCAAGAUCGUCAACUCUAUUGAAGACAGAGGCAUGAAUCAGGUAUACAUAAUCGGUGGAGACGGGACGCAACGAGGGGCAGAUGUCAUUCAUCGGGAAAUAGUAAGGAGAGGUCUGAAGGUUGCUGUUGCUGGUAUCCCCAAGACGAUCGACAAUGAUAUUGCGGUGAUUGAUCGCUCAUUUGGAUUCGAUACGGCAGUGGAGGAGGCGCAGAGGGCCAUUAAUGCAGCACAUGUGGAGGCUCAAAGUGUGCAUAAUGGUGUCGGUGUAGUGAAACUGAUGGGAAGGUAUAGCGGCUACAUUGCAAUGCAUGCGACGCUGGCAAGCAGAGAUGUGGAUUGCUGUCUGAUCCCUGAGCUUCCCUUCUAUCUUGAGGGAAAAGGAGGGCUUUAUGAGUUCGUUGAGAAACGACUGCAUGAGAAUGGACACAUGGUGAUCGUUGUGGCCGAAGGCGCAGGGCAAGAGCUAAUUGCAAGAACUGCCAACGAGGCGGUUAAGAGUGACGAGUCAGGGAAUCGACUUCUUCUUGAUGUUGGAAUGUUUUUGAGCUCACAGCUCAAGAGCUUUUGGGAGCGUAAUAAAAAGGGGCCUUUGAACAUAAAAUAUAUAGAUCCGACUUACAUGGUGAGGGCAGUCCCUAGCAACGCUUCGGACAGUGUGUACUGCACCCUUCUGGCACACAGCGCUGUACAUGGAGCCAUGGCAGGCUACACUGGAUUUGUUGCAGGACCGGUCAAUGGAAGGCAUGCAUACAUUCCUAUUGGAUGUGUCACGGAGACGCAGAACCGGGUCAAUGUGCACGACAGGAUGUGGGCGCGGCUUUUGUCAUCCACCAACCAGCCCGAUUUUAUGCGAUAUAAGCAGAUACUGGAUGAGAAGAGACGGCUGCGAGAAUGUGAGGCUGGGCGGCUGGAGCGAUGCUUGCAGACUGCAGCCACUGCUGCUGCCGCUGCUUCGGAGAAAGUUGAUGAUGGCAAUGAAAACAGCAGCGGUGAGAUUUCCGACACUGAAAAUGGCAGUGGCAAUGGCGUUGCCAGAAUUUAGGAUUACAUGUUGGAAAUGACAAUACAUGAAACAUGAGGACAAGGCAAGAAGCGAAGGAUGUAGUCGCCAGUUCCUCUUAGAUCUGCUCAGUGUGUGCAGAUUGAGGCGGAUGGGAAAGAGCAGCUAGGUGAUGCAGGCAUGCGCAUGCACACACGAGAGAGAGAGAGAGAGAGAGAGAGAGAGAGAGAGAGAGAGAGAGAGAGAGAGAGAGAGAAUGGAGCAAGGAAAAGAUCAGAGCCAAGGAUGUAGUUGCCAGUUCCUCUUAGAUCCACAGAGCGUGCGCGGCUUGAGACGGAGGGGAAAGAGCGACUAGAGGGUGCAUGCAUGCAUGUACAAGAGAGAGAGAGAGAGAGAGAGAGAGAGAGAGAGAGAGAGAGAGAGAGAGAGAGAGAGAGAGAGAAGAGAGAGAGGAUUGGUAGUGUGGAGCUCUGCUAGACAAGAGUCGCUGGAGUUGCCAAGGGGUAGGGUUAAGGAGAGGAAGCGAAAGGAGGGGGUAGGGGAGGUGAUAUAGAUGAUGGUGAGAGAAACAUGCAGCAAGGUGAAGUAGGAAACUCGGGUUAGACCAGAGGAGGGGGUGGGUUGAUGAAAUUGUUUGGUGUAGGGCUCGGCCUGCAGCUCUCACUGUUGGUGGGUUGUUGGUCAAAUUUCACUGUCGAAGACGGGGUGUGCUUUCAAUGGAGGGUGGGUGGGUAAACUGAGGGCAUGUUUGUUGUUUGUCCUCGUUAUCGGGCACAUCGUAUAAGUUUCGACAACCGCUUGGCACUUCAGCAGCAAGAAGGAAUGAUGUGAGGUGAAUAGUUUGUUGAUGCUGCGCGGUCGCCUGUAGGUGGUGCUUUAUGAUGCAAGCGACGCACAGGCGAGGUUUUGAUUGGAUUGUGUAACGUAACUUGGUGCAAGUCGUGGCUGUGUCUUGAGCGUUUUUUUUCAAAUCAUGGGCCGUCCCAAGUCAUGGGUGCGACUUCAUUACUUUUUUGACGGUCUCUGCGAAUAGCUCGUGUAUUUGAUCAGCAAGUAAUUUUGUUAUUCCCUGCCUCUGGGAACCUCUAAAUCUGUCCGCAAUGCGCUGGCUGAUUCACAGAGGACAAAAUUCCCCGGCCUCUUCACUGCAUUUCACAGAGAGGGAUCAAAUGGCUCGUAUGGGCUGCCCAGCAGGUAGGGAGCAGGGAGGGAAAGGACGAGCAGCCUUGAGUUGCGUUUGUCUCAUGGCGUGUUGUUGGCAAUCGAUUCUGCGAAGUAAUGGUAGGUAGUAGGCAUGGUAGGAUCGCCAUGCCGUGGCUCGUACGGGCCGCCCAGCAGGUAGGGAGCAGGGAAAGGACGAGCAGUUUCACGAGUUGCGUUGUCCCGUGGCGUGUUGUUGUUAAUCGAUUCUGCGAAGUAAUGGUACAGUUUCACGAGUUGCGUUGUCCCGUGGCGUGUUGUUGUUAAUCGAUUCUGCGAAGUAAUGGUAGGUAAUAGGCAUGGUAGGAUCGCUAUGCAAGGAAACGAGUGCUGAUGUUGCUAGCUUCGUGGAGACGGCAGCACAAUCAUUCCAUCUUAGAGGAGGGGAUGGAGUGACCGCCAGGUGGUUGUAGUGGAGUAGCUGAUUUUAGCCUAACUUAGUUUGUAGAAUGUUGUAGAAUCAUUACUAGAAUGCGCUCUGGGUUUGUUACAUUUCAUUUGCUUGUUGUUUAUGUACUGGAGGAUUGACCGAAUCAGCCUGAAUGGUCAAAGCUUGUUGUUCUUCUGCUUCUGUGGCACUACUAAGAAGAUAGAGAAGGGCGCCGAUUCCGCCGAACGAUGGAUUUGGCGGAUUUGGGGUUUUGCCGAAGUGUGCAAUUGCUGAUUUUCACGAUUGUGUUUCGAAACAUUUGUGGACUAUUGUCACACUUCCAGGAGGCUGCAGCUCCCUCGCCAAGUCAGAAUAGAAUGAGGUAUGUUGCUUUGAGCGUUAUGUUUACGAUCUGACAUGCAUUUCUUCAGGGUGCAUGGUGUGUGUUUUAUAGCGUACUUUUCUUCGGAGUUAAUGUGUGUUAUGACAGAUACUUUUCGGAGGAGAUCGUGGUGAUGAUGUAUGGGAUGAGGUUCUCUGCUGAUCACGGAUGGACGAAAAUAGUAUUUAUACUAGCUCUGUUCGUUUCUCUCGAACACGCUCGUCCCCUGAUGAUAUCGCUACGGGCGGGGGAUCGAACCGCUGCGUAAGGACUACGGAAGGAUUGCAUGGUGAAUGCAAUUCGGUCUUUGCAUCGGCUUUUGUUCCUCACAAAUACGAAUAUUUUCAGUUCGCGGAUUGGGCGCUUUUAUCCUCUCUCUCCAUGGCGAUCGUGAGCUGGGUUUUGCCAUGGUCAUGGCCCGCACGUUUGAUGUGUCGUGCGUUUGUGUUCUUUUCGUCUACUCUCCCUGGUCUAUUCUAGUGGCUGUCGUGUUUUGAAGAUAGAAUCUAUGAACAUGCUCCUUCAAUGUUAUUGGCUUUUCUAGGCGGUAGUCUGAAUUCUUCCGUGUCACUUUCCCUAUUUUUCUUAUUCCACGGAACAGUGGCUAGUAGCUAGUCUGUGUUCAGAAUCCUGAUCAGUUUUUUGGUGUAGGGUACGUCAUUGUGCUUAGGUGGGCCAUUCUUUUUUUUUUUUUUUUUUUCAAUGGGCCAUUCUAUGUUUUCUUUGGUGUGGUUCGCCGUUUCUACCAAUUGGCUUGGUAGUAGGUAACUAAAAUUUUCAAUUUUGUGCAUUUUUCAGAGGCAGAGAGGUGGAAAGCAGGUUGAGAAAAAAAACUGCACUUAAGACUGGAUUUCAGGGAAAGGAAAAGACGCAUUUGUCAUUUGCAUAUUAAUCAGGUAGGUACGUCGUUUAUACUGAUGGAUUCCAUGUACCUGCAGGUGAUCUGGAAGGAAAGAAUGCAUUUUGUUCUUUAGAUAUCAAAAUCAGGUAGGUACUUUGUUUAUGGUGACGUGAUGGAUUCUAUGAAUCUGCAGGUGAUCUGGAAGCUCAUCUGUAUCUUAAGGUCAGCGCACAGGCUGUAUGACAUCAGGACGUCUCCUGUGUUGCUGUAUAUAUAUCUCAAGCAGGCAGCAACAGGCAUUAGCUAGAGAAAGCCUGUCCAAUUUUCCGUCCUUUUGGAUUAUGGCCUUAGUUUCUGGCGUUAUGGUUGUAUCACAUCUUUUCAAUUUACUUUC